AUGAGCAAUAUUUCUUUUUUAUUUUUUUCAUUUAUACUGAUUGGAGUGAUUUUGAAUUCUGUAUUUACAUGCUCAAAAAGAGAGUUAGUAGCUUCCGAAACCCCUUCAAAAAAAAGUUCGGAUGGAAUAGAUAAUAUUUCUGCAUCUAAGGCAUACUUUUUUGUUGACCCUAUUUAUUUUUGGUCUCUUAACUCUACAACACAAGUUGAAACUAAAGCACCACCAUCUGAAUCCGAAUUUCUUGUUAUUAACGCACCUUCAAUUGGAAUUGAAGAGUUGGUAUUUAUAAGAAAUAUGAAAGAAAAUGGGGAAAUAUACUAUUCCCAUAAAUCAAACUCUUUUCUCACUUAUACCUUAGAAUGUACUAAUAUUGGUAAAACAGAAGGUUGGGUGCUGAGACAGCCUGCAUCCGACAUAGCUUAUGGAUUUGCAAUAAAUGAUCAAAAUGGAAAUUCUAAUGAUUGUAAAAGAACGGAAAUGCCCUAUAAGUUAAAAAAAUGGUAUAAUUCUCUAAACCAACAAAUAAAAGAUAUGUUUGUUACUCAGGUUUGGAUUUCAUAA